AUGAACUGGGAUGUCUCAAAUGAUCAAGUGUCCCAUCAGCCAGAACUUGAAUAUUCGCUCGGUGGUAACAUAGCCAGCGGCGGGCUGAAAGACAUCGAGUCGUUAAACGUCUCACCUGAAAAGACAUUCGAAGAAUGCACAUUUUCAAAUAUUUCCCAACCAUUUGACUUGUUGGAAGAUAGUCUCGAUCCGAUAUUUACCUUCUCUGCGACAAGUUCACUUGAUUCCUUUGGCACGGACGACAUCAACGGACCAGGAAAAGGACUACCAAUACCAAGUAGUGGCUUGUCAUUUUCAUUUCCCGAAAACACAGAUUGGGCCAGUGAAGAUUUUCUAGAAAUUGAUAAUGCUCAUCCCGAAGAACCUCUCUCACUCAGUCCGAUGGACCGGUGGAAGAAUUCUCCGCCAGAAACAGAGCCGGCACAUUUGACAGAUAUCAUGACCUCUGUUGCCCAGUGUAUCGGCACAGACGCUGCAGUGCUACAAGAGGCUACUGGAAAGUCAGCGGUUUCAAAGAAACGUUUUCCAGGAUCUCGCCCACCUACCCCGUCAAUUGCAGCAUCCGAGUCAAGUGCCUCCAGCAGCUCAGCUUCAUCCGCCCAUAGCUUUGGCUCAAGCAACUCAGGAUCGUUUGGACGAUUUUAUAUUGGAGAGCCAAAGCGGCGCCGACACCGACGCCAGCGCAAGAAAUCUCCGAUAUCUCAGAUUCGUAAUAGAAAGCCAGCGCACGAGCGUCCAUUCCAGUGUACGUUCUGCACAGACACUUUCAAAUCAAAACACGAUUGGACAAGACAUGAAAAAACACUGCACUUAUCAUUAGAGAGCUGGGUCUGUGCACCAUUUGGGCCUGCAUACCGAGAUAAGACUUCCGAUAUCUUGCGAUGUGUGUUUUGUGACGUUGAAGCCCCUACCGAGGAGCAUAUCCAGUCACACCGGUAUAUGGAGUGUCAAGAGAAACCAACUACUCUUCGAACAUUCUAUCGAAAGGAUCAUCUCCUUCAACAUCUACGCCUAGUCCACGGCUCGCAAAAUGCCGUCAUUGGCAUUGCCAAAUGGAAAUCAGAGGUCACUCAAAUCAAUUCAAGAUGCGGGUUUUGCUCAGAAACUUUCACUCUCUGGGCAGACAGAAACGACCAUCUUGCAGCACACUACCGUCAGGGAACUCAAAUAAAGGAGUGGAAGGGAUGUAGAGGUCUUGAUCCUGCAGUGGUGCUCGCCGUCGAUAAUGCCAUGCCUCCAUAUCUUAUCGGCACAGAGUCAACUGGCAUAUACCCUUUCAGUGCUAGUCGCUGUAAAGGCCCUUCUCGGGAAGAUGAGUCUCACGGGGUCCAUGAUACAUUUCAAAGUGCAGAAACUACACAGCCAACUCCAUUUGAGCAGUUGACAGAACACCUAAUUCGAUUUGUGCGUGAACAACAGCAGGCCGCAUCGCCCAUCACAGACGAGUCUAUACAACGCGAAGCGCGUCUCUUCAUUUAUGGAGACGACGAUCCCUGGAAUCAAACUGCGGCUGAUAGCCCGGACUGGUUGAAUUUCUUCAAAGAUGGAAUGGGGUUGGGUCCAGCUUGCGUUAUGAAUGUGGACGCUGCCCACCAUCCAAAUCCCGUAUUUCACCUUCCAUGGGAUAUCAAUGCGCAACAAGCAGUCGAUGGGUGUACCUUGAACCCCAUUAUCUCAACUGGUUCAUGGACUCCUUGGUCAUGGCAAAGUCCAGAAUGUCUUGCCGAAUUUCGCAGGUUUAACCGUGAUACUAGAUCAUCAUCAAUUGCCCUAGAAAAUGGAGCAUGUGCACUGCCAUGA